AGAAAUCUAGUGUAUAUUUUUAUAUAUAAUAUAUUAAUAAGUAAGACUAUAAAUUGUGCUUACUAGUUGGUAUACCAAACUCGCGCCCUUCAGCACCACAAAAGGUUAUUGGAAAAGCAGUUUACCAUUACUUAAGCGCCUUCACAUUUAAUUGACUUGAUAAUGGUAUAAAAAAUAAGACAUUCAACAAUAAACAGAAGUGAAUUGAAUAGCCACAAACGGUUUACGCAAAUAUUGAUAUUGAUUCUUGUACAGUAAUCUCAAAUACUGCGUGACAAUAAGUAGAAAUUACGCGCAUGUGUGCAUCCUGUCAACAGCCAUAAUUGAUUUAUUUAGUUUAAUACGCGCAAGUGAUCAACUUGGUUGACUUUCAGCGACCGAUAAGGCAAAUAAAAGCAAGUGAAUUUGCGAAAAUUACACAAUUCUCCAUAUACGAAUAUACUAUAUGUAUAUAGUUCCUGAGUAAAUUGAAAAGUUCCUUCAAACUCAACAACGGAGCCGCCGCUACGAGCUGUGAGCUGUGAAAACGAAACUGAAACGGUUAUUCAACCAACAAACUGAAUUGAUUCCGAGGCGAACGCUUAAAGACGACGGUUGGUCGAGCGGGAAAUUGUGAAAUACAAAAAUCGUACAAACCAAACAAGUCAAAGGAAAUAUAAAUACAAAAUUCUCAUAAAGUAAAGAAUACUUUCGAGUUCCAAGUUAAACUUUAAUAUAAAACUGAAACUGCACAUCACUAACGGUGAUCAUUAAGCAUUAAUUAGCAUUUUUUUUGCCAAUAAACAACAAUAGCAACGUGUGCAUUUAGCAUUGUAACGACGACGUCGAAUUUGAUAAUUGUGAUUCGUGCAUUUUUUUGGUUGUGUUCAAUUUGUUUCUGCAUUUUCGUGAGUGCAUUUUGAGCAAAACAAAAGUCAACAAAACAGACAGACAGCCAAUAGCAAAGUGUGUAUUACGAAAACUACAAAAAGAAUUCACACAAAGAAUUGCAAUAAGUGCAGAGUGCAAGCGGAAAAUAGAAAGUAGAAAGCUUUGAAAAAAACUUUUGCAGCGUAGGAGAGUUACACAAGAGAAACAGUAGCAACAUAUUGCAAAAAAAAGCCACUUAGUGUAUAUAGCUUACUCAAUACACAAACCUACGCACAUACACACACCCUACGGUAGCGCGCAGGUCUUUGUAAAAACAAAAACAACAAAAAAAGACGGACUAAAACAAAAAAAGUACAAUUUCAAAGUCACCCAAAGCUUUGAGAGCAAGCAACUAUUACGUACUAGAGAUAUUUGCGAAAAAGCAGCAUAUCUACACAAAUUGCAUUGAACUAAACGCGGAAGCGUAUUGUAUUGAAUUGUGUAGAACACAUACAACACUAGAUACCUCGUAGUGCAAAAGCUAAGCAAAUCGACAGAGAUGGAGAAAGAUUUGAAUGGUGCAAUGCAGAGUCUCGCUAUUAAUAGCAGCAAUGGCAGUGGCGCAAUUGUCAAUGGCUGCUGUCGCGGCACCGACUGCAACGUUAGCGGUAAGCUUUCGUGCAGCAGCAACAACAGUCAGCAACAACAACAAUUCGACGGUUGCAGCAGCAACCUGAGCAACAGCCAAAACAACGGUCAUUGCGUCGCCUGCAAGUGUGGCGGUAGUGCACAGUCAGCGGACGAGACAGACAACGUACGCGUUAGUGGCCAAAUCGGUAACGGCGCAGUUGGCGGCGUCGCCAAUGUUACAUCCAGUUUCGCAUACAAAUCGGCAUCUGCGCAGCAGCUACAGCAACUUCAGCAGCAGCAAGCACAGCCACAAACACCACCGCCACCAUACGCUAACGCUAGUGCCGCGGAAAAACACAAAAUGGUUCACGAGUUAUGUCAGCAAUUAAUAUUGACGGACGAACAGAUUAGGGAAUUGAAUUAUCGCAUCCUGCACGAGAUUAAACGCGGCCUCAACAAGGAUACACACGCCAAAGCCGAUGUCAAGUGCUUCAUAACGUACGUACAGGAUUUGCCCAAUGGCAAUGAGCGUGGCAAAUUCCUGGCACUCGACCUUGGCGGCACCAAUUUCCGUGUACUGCUCAUCCAUUUGAAGGAGGAACAUGAUUUCCAAAUGGAAUCGCGCAUUUACGCUAUACCACAACACAUCAUGAUCGGUACUGGUCAGCAGCUGUUCGAUCACAUCGCCGAAUGUUUGGCCAGUUUCAUGUCCGAGCAUAAUGUAUAUAAGGAGCGCUUGCCAUUGGGUUUCACCUUCUCCUUCCCACUGCAACAGCUUGGCCUUACUAAAGGUCAUUUGUCGACAUGGACGAAGGGUUUCAAUUGUUCCGGUGUUGUGGGUGAAGAUGUUGUGCAACUAUUGAAGGACGCCAUUGCGCGACGUGGUGAUGUACAAAUUGAGAUCUGUGCAAUUCUCAACGAUACCACCGGUACACUGAUGUCGUGCGCCUGGAAAAAUCAUAAUUGCAAAAUUGGUUUGAUUGUCGGUACCGGUUCCAAUGCUUGCUAUGUGGAGCGUGUCGAGGAAUGUGAUAUGUUCGAAGGCGCUGACAAUGGCAAAUCACAUAUGCUCAUCAACACCGAGUGGGGCGCUUUGGGCAAUAACGGUAUGUUGAACUUCCUGCGCACCGAAUUCGAUGAUGAAAUCGACAGACACUCCAUCAAUCCGGGCAGACAGCUAUUCGAGAAAAUGAUCUCUGGCAUGUACAUGGGUGAAUUGGUACGUUUGGUGAUAGUUAAACUGGUCAAGGCAGGCAUACUGUUCAAGGGACAAGAUUCCGAUGUGCUAAUGACACGCGGUCAAUUCUUCACAAAGUAUGUCUCAGAAAUCGAAGCUGACGAACCGAACAACUUCACCAACUGCCGCAUGGUGUUGGACGAGUUGGGCUUGAACGACGCCACCGAUGAGGAUUGCGCCAAUGUCCGUUAUGUCUGCGAAUGUGUCUCAAAGCGUGCUGCGCAUUUGGUAUCCUGCGGUAUUGCGACGCUCAUCAACAAAAUGGACGAGAAACAGGUGACUGUGGGCGUUGACGGCAGCGUAUAUCGUUUCCAUCCGAAAUUCCACACGCUGAUGGUGGAGAAAAUCACAGAACUGAUAAAGCCAGACAUUAGCUUCGAUCUGAUGUUGUCCGAGGAUGGUUCUGGACGUGGUGCGGCGCUUGUUGCGGCGGUAGCGUGUCGGGAGGACAAUGUCGUCCAAACGAAGUAAAAAAAAACAAAAUAGAAGCAAUAAGCCAUUACAACAACAACAUUACAAAGGAGUAUGUAAGUAAGCCAAUUUAGAAAUGAAAGCGAGCGCAAGCUACCAGUGCGACAACCCCCACCCUCCUACUAAGAGCAAACGAAAUAUCAUUUGUAUGUAUGUAUACAAUUUGUACGUGAAUUAAGCUAACGCUAACGCACGCCAACAACAACAGCAACAAUAGUAAAGAUAAUUCAUAUAAAUGUGACAACCGUCACAAAAUGCAAACAACAACAACAGUAGUAGUAGUGU